UUCUCUCAGUUGUCGUCUCUCCCUUUAGUGAGUUUGGUUGUUAGUUUGUUAUACAUGUUGAUGACUGUAUAUUUGCGUUCAGUUCGUGUACUGUGAUAGUUUUUUGUUGGUGUGAUCCAGAAGCUUUGUAUUCCUGACAAAAUGGAUGACAGGAAAACGAUCCAGAAGCUUUAAAUGUGCCGUCCAUCACCGAGACCGAGAAGUUUCGUCAGAAAACGACUUCCAUCUUCUUUUGGCUGAGCCGCCUUUGUUCCGCAGGAUGGUCACAAUAGUUGCAGACGAAUUUCUCACCGACGAUAGAGAUAGAAAAUACUAUGCCGACCAUUACACUUGCUGCCCUCCUCCAAUUUUUAUAAUCACCAUCACGCUAGUCGAGCUAGGAUUCUUUUUGUACUACUCCAUCACAACCGGCGAACUAAAUCCGACAGGACCAGUACCCAUCGACUCAAUUUUCAUAUAUAGGCCAGACAAAAGAUCAGAAAUAUGGAGGUUUCUUCUGUACAUGAUGCUACAUGCAGGAUGGCUCCAUCUUGGAUUCAACUUGGUAGUUCAACUGUUAGUAGGUCUACCAUUAGAAAUGGUCCACGGUUCCGGGAGAGUCUUUCUUAUCUAUAUGGCUGGAGUAAUAGCAGGUUCGUUGGGCACAUCAGUAUUCGAUAACGAUGUCUACCUCGUAGGAGCUUCUGGGGGAGUAUAUGCUCUACUAGCUGCUCAUUUAGCCAAUGUACUACUCAAUUAUAACAAUAUGCAGUGUGGCAUAUUGAGGCUUUUCGGAAUUUUCGCUAUUGCCUCAUGUGAUGUGGGAUAUGCCAUAUACUCCAGGUACGCAGAGGAAGUGAUAGGUUUACCAGUAUCGUACGUUGCCCAUCUCACCGGAGCCCUAGCCGGCCUAACAAUUGGGUUACUUGUCCUGAAGAAUUUCGAACAGAAAUUACACGAGCAGUUGCUUUGGUGGAUAGCUCUAGGUGUUUAUGCAGCAUGCACCAUUUUCGCUAUACUUUUCAAUGUCAUGAACCCUUCGGAAGACUCCAUCGAAAAUUUGGGCGAUGGAGUGAAUAGUCAAUAUGUGAUGUUUAAUAAGUUUGGGGUAUAG